UCACCUGAUAGUCAAGAGGAGAGGGUGUGCUAAUGUUUACAACCUUAGUGUUGUCAACAUUUUGAUCAUUAAAACUGUGAUUGUUUCGAUAUUUUAGCAGCAUAUGUAAAUACUAGUAUGGCACAGACUAAAGGACUUGUUCUCGCAUUCAGACUUUUGUAAGAGUGAGUCCCCUGGAGUCAGCCUCUGCCAAGAACAUUUCAGUGUGUACAUUCUUCUGGUUAACAGGUGUCCCCAGUGUCCCGAUGGAGUGGGUGUUCAUCAUGAACCGGAUGAGCUCUCAGGGAAGCUCUGCAGCCCAGCGGAGGAGGAUGGCGCUCGGAGUGGUGAUCCUCCUGCUGGUGGACGUCAUCUGGGUGGUCUCCUCCGAGCUCACCUCAUACAUUUUCAGACGGCAGGAGUACAACAAACCCUUCUUCAGCACAUUCACCAAGACCUCCAUGUUUGUCCUGUAUCUGCUGGGCUUCCUGCUGUGGCGGCCCUGGAGGCAGCAGUGCACCGGCUCUCUGAAACGCCGACACUCUGCGUUUUUUGCUGAUGCUGAGGCCUACUUUGCACCCUGCAACACGGACACCACUGUGAGCAACUGUUUGAGUGAGCCGCUGUAUGUCCCGGUGAAGUUCCAGGAUGUACCUGCUGAGCCCUCACAUUGUUUAAUGGGAGACUGUGAUUCUUCUUCCAGGAAGCAGCGUGUGCGCUUCAGUAAUGUGAUGGAGGUGCGGCAGCUGCCCUCAACUCAGGCCCUGGAGGCCAAACUGUCCCGCAUGUCCUACCCAGCUGCCAAGGACCAUGAGGCCAUGCUGCGCACAGUGGGCAAGCUGACCAUCACUGAUGUGGCCAAGAUCAGCUUCUUCUUCUGCUUCGUGUGGUUCCUGGCUAACCUGUCCUACCAGGAAGCUCUGUCCGACACGCAGGUGGCUAUUGUGAACAUCCUGUCCUCCACCUCAGGCCUGUUCACGCUCAUCCUGGCAGCUAUAUUUCCCAGCAACAGCAGCGACCGGUUCACCUUAUCCAAACUGUUGGCCGUGGCUUUGAGCAUGGGAGGUGUUACCCUCGUGAGUUUCUCCAGCAUGGACAACCCUGAUGACAAAGGCGUCUCAGGUUCUCUGUGGUCUCUGGCGGGGGCGGUGCUGUACGCGGUCUACAUCGUCAUGAUCAAGAGACGAGUGGAUCGGGAGGAUAAGCUCGACAUCCCCAUGUUCUUUGGGUUUGUGGGUCUGUUCAACCUGCUGCUGCUGUGGCCCGGCUUCCUCCUGCUCCACUACACCGGCUUUGAGGCCUUCGAGCUCCCCAGCCAGCUGGUGUGGACCUACAUCCUCAUCAACGGCCUCAUUGGAACCGUCCUCUCAGAGUUCCUCUGGCUCUGGGGCUGCUUCCUCACCUCCUCUCUGAUCGGCACUCUGGCACUGAGCCUCACCAUCCCACUCUCUAUUAUGGCAGAUAUUUGCAUGCAGAAGGUCCGUUUCUCGUGGCUGUUCUUUGCCGGUGCGGUCCCCGUCUUCCUCUCCUUCUUCAUCGCCACGCUCCUAUGCCACUACAAUAACUGGGACCCUGUGCUGGUGGGCCUGAGGAGAGCGUAUGUCUUCAUCUGCAGAAAACAUCGCAUUCAGAGAUUGCCAGAAGACAGCGAGCAGUGUGAAAGCCUUAUUCCUCUACACAGCGUCUCCCCCAGCGAAGGAAGCUUCUGCUCGUGAUCCAGCAGCCAACACAAGUGGUGAAUGUGGAUCUCUGAGCUGACAAUCUGGAUCUUUCAGAGACAUUGAACUACCCCAGUGCCUCCUUUAAAUCUAUUUAUUUUCUACAGUCUUGAGACGUCACAAACAUUUCUACAAGCUCUUUUUAUAUUUCCAUGUUCCAGUCAUCACAGACUUCAGACUUUUCCUUUAAAAGAUUUUCACGUUAUUCCUUUGUAAAAAGAAACCUAAUGGUUCUCAAGGUGCUGGACAUUAACAGUGAUUACCAUAUUGUUAUGUGACCAAAUGAAGCGGUACAUUUUAAACUUGAUCAUAACACUAACAGAGAUACAGUAACUUUGUGUGUCUUCAAAAUGUGUGAGUUCCCAGUUCACAAAACAUUUUUCAGGAGCAACACUGUUCUGUUCUGGAUGUUGUCUGUCUGUUGUCUGUCUGUUGUCUGUCUGUUGUCUGUCUGUUGUCUGUCUGUUGAAGCCUGGCUCCUUCUUUGUUAAGUAUUUGUGUGAAGCAGACACAUUUUCACAAAUGACAAUCUGUAAGACGUUGAUUCGGUUGACUUUGAUGGAGAAAGCUUGCUUUUUUAUAUACCAGCAGUGUAAUAAACUUCAUAUGGUAGAGUCAUAACAACAGCACGGUGAUGACGUCAUCUUACUCAGCCUCGGCAGCUCGGGUGAAGACCAAACCUUUCAGAGUAACCUGCAUUACUUUAGAGCUCCAGUUACACAAUCCUGAUAGAAUUCAAAAGUUUAAAGGGAAGGUUGGUAUUGUUUAAGGCUCUAUCCAUAGUCAGUGUAUCGCCUUCAGAAGAUGGAGGAGAAGCUGUGCAUAGUAGUGCAUUGCUACACUGCUCGUACUCCUGUCUGAUCUCCACACUGCGUCUACUGUAGGACAUGCACUGACUAUGGAGAGCCAGCUCAUACAACCCCACUUCUAACUAUCCCUUUCAAAUCUGUCAGUGCAAUCCUGCGUUAUUUUAUAUUUGAGUCUCUCUUUCACUGAGACAAACUGAGUCUGAUAUGAAGAAUAAUUCAAACCCACUACAGCUGAAUAAAGAAGCAACACCAGCUUCACCAGCACUUUGUUUCAGUGAUGAAUCAUGAAGACAAACUGUGAUUGAGACAUAAUCCUUGUCUUUGAAUAUGAAGUCAUGAUCAGUCUUCAGCUAUAAGCUACAAAAGGCCUUGCUGCAGUAACGUUUGUCUAUUGUAUGAACAGAUUCCUUUUCAUAAUGGCUGUAAAUACUAAAUAGUUUUGUUGAAUUUCAGAUAACCACUACAGAUUCUUAUCUGAGAUUGUGUAUCAUUUGUAUAUUGUAUGUGUCAUUGUUAAUGAAUUAUACCAGAGGAAAGGUUUGCAGCCAAAUGGUUGUACUGAGAUUGUAUCACAUGGAGUAGAAGGUUGUAUAUGAUCCUUUUCUUUCUUCAGCAAAAAAAGAUUUAUUUACUGCCUGUGAUUUCAUGUGAUGAGAAAAAAAUGUUUCUUUAAGCAGCCUCAGUGUCUGUCAUAGAAUCCAGGAUGUUAACACUUCAGUUGAAGGUAAAGUGUCCAUGUUGUGUUUAUUGCACUCGGCGUUGACUGCACGUAUGAAGUGGCGGAAGUAAUAAGCGGCCUGUGGGGAGGAACUAACGGGAGCACUUCAAGUGACCACACUUCUCUUGUUCAUUAUUGAACCUGCUGUGUUUUUGCCAAUCAGUCGAGUAUAAAAGCUUUUUAGGAUGAUUAGUUUGUUCAGAUGUCUGCCUUGACAUUCUUUUUUUAUUUUCAUCUUUUAUCAACGGUGCUUGUGGAAUCAUAGAUAUGAUUAUAUUUCUUUCUCCUGUUCUUUGUCUUUUUUUUUCUGAGAAAUGUCUUUUUCCUUAAAGUUCAAAUGAAUGUUAUAAAAUGUAAAAGAAGGCUGUAAUAGUAGCUUCCCUUGUAUCAACCUCAACUCUUGAAGUCUGUUUUCAUACGUACACUGCACUAUUAAACAAGUCUUUUUAAAUCUCU